UUCCACCCGAGGGGACUACAUCGUCAGCCCGGGCAAGACCGCCGCACCGCCUCCAUCACCGCUGGUCUCUCUGCAAACCGCCCUAAGCAACAAACAAACAUGGCUCCUUUUGAGAAAUCCAUGGAGAUGAUGCCCUUCAAGGAGAGGAAAUGCCUCGAAACAAGAAAACAUGAAGUGUGCAGCAUUCGGACUAAAUUCCCCAACAAACUGCCUGUGAUAGUUGAACGUUACAUCCGUGAAAAGACUCUCCCCCUGUUGGACAAAACAAAGUUCCUGGUUCCCUUCGAGCUUACCUUGGGUCAGUUCCUCUGCCUGCUCAGGAAUAAGAUUGCCUUGGAGUCCACCCAGGCUCUGUUCCUCCUGGUGGCAGAGAAGAGCAUGUCCUGCAUGUCCUCCAGCAUGGGGGAGGUUUAUUCCCACCACAGCGACACUGACGGCUUCCUCUACAUCACCUACGCCUCGCAGGACAUGUUCGGAGCACCGCAACUAGCAGCCAGUCCGCCCUGCUGAGCCUGAAGCAGAUACAAUGAACUGAACCAACGGAGGUGACACCAAACAACCAAACUGGAGAAAAAAGAAAAGAACCAAGCAGAAACUGUUUUGGUCCGGUUUCUUUUAGUCCCAAACUGCAUUUCAGCCUACCUCAUGAAACUCUCUGGACUUUUAAACAUAGCAAAUCUCUAUAUUUCUGCAUGCUCCUCAGCUCACCAGAACCAGACUGGAGUGGACAAAGCGCACCCUGAUAAUGUCUUUGAUUUAUAUGGAUUGAUUGCUUGAUUGGCAAGUCAAUACAGACAAAACAGUUGUGAUCAUUAUCUGUUGCUUUAAAGACAUUGUGAUGGAUGUUUUUGGCUGUUUUAUGUCUUCACUGGUCAAAAAAUGUCAACAUUUGCUCUUUAAAUACAUAAGAAACAUCGAGAUUCAAUGCAAACAAACCUGUUGUCACAUUACUGUAAUGCCAGUUCAAUGUAAAACCACCACCAUGCUCUCCACUCAACAUCUUGCUGGUAAUCAGACUCCUUUUCAGCACUUAUCUCCCCUUCCUCCUCUCCUUUCUUUGAUUGCCUCUUGAUCCUUGUCUUCCCUUAAAAAUGUGAAACUUCGCUGUGGACUGUUGAGACACUCAUUGAGAACAUGGAUGUCAUUUGAAUGCUGCUCUGUAUCCAGCUGUCAACAUUGCAAAAAAUAAAUC